AUGGACAGCAUCCAACAUCAGAACCAUCCUGUCUCAUCAGAAUACCUGCACCCCUGGACCACAUUCAACGAAGACAUCCAAAGCACUUUACAAUCCCUCGAUCUCAGCAAACCAGCCGGCAAGGCUGAUUCCUCAGAGGGCGAGAAAUAUCUCAUCAGGAACCAGCGUGGCUUAGCAACCCGCUUCGUGCAUUAUGUGUGUGAUCCAGUUGCCAAAGCACUUUCAACUACAUUUUAUCAAUAUCUCGUAUUUGAGAAUGUAGAGGGUGUUCAAUCAUCAGAUGACAGUUUUCUCGGGCUGAUAAAUCAACGCCCAGAGACUGAAGGGAAUGGUUAUGACCAUAACACUCCAGUUGCCGCGGGCGAUGUUAAAAGGUUCUGGAUAUCCAAGCUUGAAAAAUAUCCAGUUAUGGGAAGGUCUAUUGGAUUGUCGUCAGAAUACCCUAUUG